CACGGCCGCACCAACAACGCACAGCACUUCACAACGCACAUCAGAGCGACUACCAACCCCGUCCCAAAGGAUCCUAAAGGAGCCGAUUGAGCAGCCAAGAACGUCGCAGCAAUGUCCGAUCCAAAACCAAGGAAGGUCGAUGACGAGACCCCAGAGUUCACCCCAACACGCCGUGUGCAGCCAGGGCUCGUGGAAGAGAAGAAUGUGAAGGACAAGCCCCGAGGCAAGGGCAAGACCAAGGGCAAGGCCAGAGAUACAGAAGCGUACGACUCCGAGCGCGGCAUUCAGCGUGUGCAGCAACUCGCCGCGGCGCUCGUGGAGGAGGCGGAGAAGCUUCAGCGUGGACAAAAUGCGCUGGCGCAGGAGAAGGCAAACUGGGAAGCACAGGCCAGGAAGCUCGCUUCGUGCGUGGUCCCUAGAUCAAGGGUACAAAUCGAUGUUGGAGGAACCGUGUUCACCACGUCCAAGCAGACGCUCACCAAGUUUGCCAACAGCUUCUUCGCCAGCAUGUUCAGUGGCCGCCACGAGCUGCAGCCCGAGGAUGACGGCUCCUUCUUCGUCGACCGCGACCCUUUCGUGUUUCGCCACGUCCUCAACUUCAUGCGCGGACAGCCACCACAACUGGAAGAGCUGAGUGAUGUUGAACUCAAAGCCCUCAAGCAAGACGCACAGUUCUACCAGCUGCCAGAGCUGCUGGAGGCCCUCACGCCACCGGAGCCGAUGCUUGCGCUGCCAUCGUGUAAGUUUACAUCAGGCAACAACUACACCCUGAACACUGAACGCGACACAGUGACAAAGACUGGCGGUGACAAUGGCUGGAACACGAACGCCCUCGGUGAAGCGAUUCCGUCAACAGGGGCCACGACCAUUCGCUUCACGAUCAUGCAAACAAAUGGCCCUAACAGCAACAUCAUGCUUGGCAUCGUCCCAUCCUCCUUCAACCGAAACGGCAUCAACAUGUUCAAUAAGUGUGGGUGGCAUUUUCACUGUGCCAACAGUCAUCGCCAUUCUGGCCCACCCAACAAUCACCGAAACCAACCUUACGCACCAACGGGGCGGCUGGAAGGUGAAGAUGUCGUCGACAUGGUGGUGGAUCGCAACGCUCGCGCCAUUUCGUUCAUCGUCAACGGAAACAACGCUGGCGUGGCGUACCAGAACGUCUUCCAAGCAACCGAUGAGCUCGUUCCUUGCGUCAUCCUGCACCGCCAAAACCAUAGCGUUCGCAUGGAACUACUCAGCCACACGCCGUGAAGAAGAACAAGAUUUGUGCAUGUGCAUCUCUCCCCUCCGACACACACACAUCAACACGCACACCAUAUUGCAUGGUUUCUUGGCGCAUGCGCAUCCCUUAGCCUUCUGCAUCAACGGCCAAUCACGCGUUCUUUCCUUCUUUCCUUCGUUCAUUUUGCAACCCCCCCCCCCUUGCUCCAUCCCCACCUUUGCGCUUCCUUUCUUUGCCAUGAACUCUCGGUCCAACCCCUCAAUGAACAACCACAAUCAACA